CUUUUCAGUAGCGCAUGCGCAUUGUUGCAAUGUCACAGCAGCAACGCCGGGAGUGAGACCGAGGAGGAGCCGCCAACGCCACGGAGACCGCAGUCUUCUCUCGUUGUUAAGGUUCUUUUGCUGCGUAUGAUUUUGAUCAAUAAUGUCGGAAUUCGACAGCAAUCCAUUCGCCGAUCCCGUGGACGUCAACCCCUUUCAGGAUGCUUCGGUCACACAAGCUACCGCUCGGGCCCAUCCCGUUAGUGGAGAAUACAACCCAUUCUCUUCUACUGAAAUGGGAUCUCACUCUGGUACAACCAUUCCUAUAUCUGAAGUCUCCUCACAACCAGCUAUACUACAAACCUCAGUUGAGCACAGUGCAAAAAAUACUGCAUCUGUUGCCCAGGCUGACCUGAUCAAACAGCAGGAAGAACUGGAGAGAAAAGCAGCUGAGUUGGACCGAAAGGAAAAGGAGCUGCAGAAUAGGAGCACAGGCAGAACCAACACUGGAGCCAACGAGAACAAUUGGCCGCCUCUGCCCAGUUUCUUCCCUGUGAAGCCCUGCUUUGAUCAGAACUUUGAGGAGGACAUACCAGAGGAGUAUCGAAGGAUCUGCAAGAGGAUGUACUACCUCUGGAUGUUCCACAGUGCCACUCUCUUCCUGAACCUGCUGGCCUGUCUGGCUUAUUUCACGGUAGACAAUCAGUACGGUGUAGACUUUGGUCUGUCCAUCCUCUGGUUCAUCCUCUUCACUCCUGUGGCGUUUGUCUGCUGGUACAGACCUGUCUACAAAGCCUUCAGGUCUGACAGCUCCUUCAGUUUCUUUUUCUUCUUCUUUGUCUUCUUUUUUCAAGUGGCUGUGUACAUCAUUCAAACCGUCGGGAUCCCCAGGUGGGGAAACAGUGGAUGGAUCACAGCAAUCAGCAUGAUUCGUGUAAAUUUGGCUGUGGCCGUGGUCAUGAUGGUCGUCGCUGGCUUUUUCACUGUAAACGCUGUCCUGGCAGUCAUUCUACUGAAAAUGGUCCAUGCGAAUUACAGAAGGUCGGCAAGCGUUUCCAGGGCCCUGCAGGAAUUCUCCAGUGGUGUCCUGACCAAUAGAACCGUCCAGACUGCUGCAACCGCAGCUGCCACCUCUGCUGCUCAGGGAAGCUUUGGCAGGAGUUAGGGAAACUAACCUAUCUAAACUAUCAGUUUUCCUCAGGGUUGUCUCCUCUUUCUGAAUGUCACUACAGGAAUGUGAGAAACAGGCCACAGCCCCACAUUCUCCAGUGAGAUUAUGGAUCAAGAUUAGUUCACAUAAUGGAAAUUAGUCUUUUUCUCCUCCAAGAUUUGUAAUGCGUUGAUAUAAUUUAAAGACAGCUUGGGGAACAGUAAAGCCAUAAAAUACUAUUGUUUUCUGGAAAAUGUAGGAAUUCAAAAAGUGAAGGCAGAUUAAAGACAAUAUAAUAUGAAAUAAAAGUAAUAUACGGCACAUUGAUACUACUAUCAAAUCAAUACAAUAUAUAAAUCAAGUACAAAAUACACCAUGGAGUUGGGGUAGAAGUACAAUUAUUUGAACCCAGUUCCACGUAACAGUAGUUAACACUAUCAGUUACAGAAGAAAAACAAAAAAAAGGCUUAGAAUAAACAAUGUAUGUGAGGUUCAGGUUGUUAAUAUAGUGAUAAGACAUGAGAAUGUUUGAAUAUCAUUAAACGAAACAUGGUCUUCAUACAGUACAGUAUGUGUACAUACACAGGCUAAACAGUCUGUUACCACUGUCCUAUUUAACAACAGGUUUUCUUUGCUUACUCCUAACUGGAUGAUUUUAAAAUGAAAACAUGUUACACUGCUGGUAAAUAUGGAAUUUUAUAUUUUCAUAAGAUCAAUGAAGGUGAUGGGAUGAAGGGGGGGGGGGUUCAGCUAACUAAAGUUAGACUACAGUUCUGCACAGCAUAAAUGAAGUAGUAGUUCUUUAACUGAAGGUAGAAACAUUGUAGUUCAUGUAAAUGGAAGAGAGGGGGAAGGUAAAGUCACAGCAUGAAGGUAGGAUUAAUUACUCCAAGAAGCACGUUUAUGCAUAAUAUGUGUAUUUAGACUUUGUAGUAUUUAGCUGCUAACCGUAGGUGGCAUGUUACAAAACAGUCACAUGCAGGUCGUGUCUGUUAACCUUUUUGUUUAAUUAUAACCUCAGAGCCUGGACACAAAUGUUACCCACCAUUUUUGUGGGAAGCCUAGUUGGCAUCUUGUUGAUUACUAGUGUUUUAUCUGCCUCUUUUCUAUGGUAAUGUUUUUGCUGGAUGUGUAAUAUUAAGGAUUGUUGUAAAUACUGGUGUCUUAUUUAAGUCUAAUUUACAAAUAUGGUAUAUGGAAAAUACUUUCAUUCUGUACCUGGAAUUAAAAAAAAAACUUUCUUUUGAAA